CCCAGUAACGGAUUAAGUCAGAUCUAGAGCGGCCAGAAUUAGUAAACUGGUUUUACAGUUUCACUUUCCCCACACUGCACUUUGGAAACAUGGUUACUCACACUAGUUUAUCGUACGGUGACUCUCACAUUUUAAAGUUUUCACCUUGUUCACUCCUACAUGAACAAACAUAUAAAAGGACACUGCAAAACAUUGUAUCUGGAUAGCGCCGCCAGUCAUAAAUCAUUUGCUGUAUUAUAUCGAUUUCUCGACAUGUUGUGCAAUCAAAAGUCAAAAACCAGUUGCAAACCACUUUAUGUUUUUGAGCAGUACCAGAAGGCUAGAGCACAAUUUGUACAAACAAUUGCAGAACUUGCAACAAGACCACAAAAUAUUGAAACUCUACAGAAUGCAGGUGUAAUGUCUCUUUUGAGGCCCCUCUUGCUGGAUGUGGUUCCAAACAUUCAGCAGACAGCAGCUUUGGCACUGGGACGUCUAGCUAAUUACAAUGAUGAUCUGGCUGAGGCUGUUGUUAAGGGAGACAUUCUUCCGCAGCUCGUGUAUUCAUUGGCGGAACAAAAUCGUUUCUACAAGAAAGCUGCAGCCUUUGUGUUGAGAGCCGUGGCUAAACACUCUCCUCAACUAGCCCAAGCGGUGGUGGAUUGUGGGGCAUUGGAUGCAUUAGUGAUCUGCCUGGAGGAAUUUGAUCCCGGAGUGAAGGAAGCAGCAACUUGGGCACUGGGAUAUGUUGCACGCCAUAAUGCAGAAUUGUCACAGGCAGUAGUGGAUGCAGGAGCUGUUCCUCUUCUGGUUCUUUGUAUCCAGGAGCCAGAGGUGCCAUUGAAAAGGAUUGCAGCUUCUGCACUGAGUGAUAUUGCAAAACAAUCCCCAGAGUUGGCUCAAACUGUAGUGGAUGCAGGGUCCAUUGCUCAUCUAGCUCAGAUGAUCCUGAAUCCUGAUGCUAAACUAAAGCGUCAAGUGUUUUCAGCUCUUGGUCAGAUUGCAAAGCAUUCCGUGGACCUGGCAGAAAUGGUUGUAGAAGCAGAAAUUUUCCCUGCUGUUUUAACAUGCCUGAAGGACCCAGAUGAAUUUGUGAAAAAAAAUGUUGCAACACUAAUUCGGGAAAUUGCCAAGCAUACUCCUGAGCUGUCUCAGCUUAUUGUUAAUACAGGAGGUGUGGCUGCUGUCAUUGAUUAUAUCGGUGAAUCUAAAAGUAAUGUCAGGCUGCCUGGUAUUAUGAUGCUUGGUUAUGUGGCUGCUCACUCGGAGAACCUGGCAAUGGCAGUGAUUGUCUCCAAGGGGGUGCCUCAGUUGGCUAUCUGCCUGUCAGAAGAACCAGAAGACCACAUUAAGGCAGCGUCUGCUUGGGCCCUGGGGCAGAUAGGAAGACACACUCCAGAGCAUGCACGUGCUGUUGCUGUGGCAAAUGUUCUGCCAAAGCUCCUUGCACUCUACAUGCAGACUGGAAGCUCUGAAGACCUUCAGAUUAAGGCUAAAAAGGCCCUGAAAAACAUCCUGCAGAAAUGCACAUAUCUGCCAGCUCUAGAUCCACUGCUACAUGAUGCUCCUUCCAAUGUCCUUAAACAUGUUGUUGGACAGUAUAGUAAGGUACUACCACAUGAUGCCAAAGCCCGCCGUCUUUUUGUCACAAGUGGUGGACUGAAGAAGAUUCAAGAGAUUAAAGCGGAACCUGGUUCAGUUAUGCAGGAAUACAUUAAUGGCAUUAACAGCUGUUACCCUGAAGAAAUUGUCAGAUAUUACUCUCCUGGAUACUCUGAUGCAUUGCUGGAAAGAGUAGAAAACUACCAACCAGCUCUUUGAGAAGCGUUAUGGAUAUUAUUUCAACCUAAUCAUAGUCUUGGGUCGUCCCACUACUGAAACCUUGAAGUAUCUAUUAAUUUCGCUAUGAUUUUCUAAGAUAGUUUACAGUAAAUAGUAAAUUAUGCCCUACGGCCCUAUAUAACUCUUCUCGUCUUUAAAACAAAUUCAUCUGAAAUCGAGUAAUCAUUUGAAUAAAUACAAGAAGUAUCCCUUACGAACAUAUUUUGAAAUGUACUAUUUGUAUUUCAGUCCAUCCGGUUUUUAUGGCGGUUGGUGCUGCAAUAUUUCACGCGUCUGAUAAAAAAGGGUAUAUUUGCAGAAAGGAAUUCUAAAUAAUGGAAAUGGUUGGCGGGGCUGUGGAUUUUCAUCCACGCGUUGUGAAGCCGGAUUUCACUGGCCACAGAAGGACUCUUAUAUUCUGUGAUUUGCAAAAUUAAACCCCUGUUUUCGACGUUCUGAAAUUCAUUGUGGCAGCAAUAAACGUAGUGACUUGGAUCUGAAAUGAAAGGUUUGUCAGGAAUCAUUAUAAAUGGGUACAUGACUAAUAUCCAAUUCUGUAUUUUUAUAUUUAAUUAUUCACUAUGAUUGCUCGUCAGGUCGAGUACACUGAACACUCUCAGCAUUAAUGUUAUUUCUCCAAUAAAAUUAAUAACUUCGAAAAAUGAUAUAGUUCAGGCUAGUACAGAUGUAUCGCCCACUGUUGAAACCUGUUGCAGAUAUGUUGCAGAUAUGUAUUAUUAAUGUUAAUGUGAAACUGGGUCUUCAUAUACUUCUGACAUCCUGCUGAAAGUCCGCUUAUAAUUUGCACAGUGAUGAAGAGUGACAUUGACUGAUGUGCUAGAUGUAACUGACUUCGAUUCCUUUCCUUUUAACACCUGGACACCAAGCUGUUGCCAAAUGAGGCAUUUUGACUGUGAGAUGGCAUGCAGCAACAUUUCUAUUUCCCAGUAUUUACUACGAAUUCGGAAGAAUCACCUUCCACAUAUUCUAAUCCACGAUAUUGUGCAAUUUCAUGAACUGUUAGGCGUUAUUUCAGUUUCGCUUUGACGCGUUCCUUGUACUAUUACACAUUGAGUGUAAAAGAGGGAAUGUGCAACCUUUUGAUCAUGGUAGUUAUCUGAACGUUUUAUGACAAUUUGGACUCGGGAGAGAAAAACCUGCAACCGACUGCAAGACAAAAACAUUGGGGUUUUGCAGCAAAUUGGAGAGCAGUGCUAUGUUUUUGCAUAAUACGUGAUUCCAGUUUAGUACAGUGUAUGAAAUUUCAAGCAGAAUUACCUUACAUGGGCUAAAAGUCGAGUUAUUAUUUUGGGGGCCGCAUAUAAGUUGAAACCAGACCUUUGCACUCGUGCAAUUGGCUUUAGUUCAUUGAUAUAAAAAGUUGACGAUGGGAUUUAAGUACAUGCGUGCAGAAGCGGUGCGCGCCAUAGGGAAUUUUAUGCAGAUGUCGGCUUGAGUACUUUGGUGUGUUGUUCCAUAUGAAGCCUUUAUAGGCCGACAAAGCUAAUGCCUCCCUUUCUCAUCCCCCAUUUACUUCAUGUUUAAAGUUUUAAAUAAAACGACCAGGCAUGAGAUUAAA